GAUUUUCAGACUGAGUUUAAAAUGGAGAAGACCAGCAUCAUGACUCCGGCCUUCCUUUUCCUCUUCUUCCUCUCGUUGACCCCUUCGGGAGCCACUGAUGACGACGCCCCAAUAGAAAAGAUGGAUGUGUCUGAAACCAUCGCCAGAGCCAACGAUGGCAUCGACACGCGCCUCGAGCACGGCGACAUCGUGCCCAACCUGCAGAGGAACGCGGACCCCUGCGUGAGCUCGGGCUGCAAGUGGCCCAAGAGCGGAAGCUACGUCUACGUGCCCGUCAUCAUCUCCAACGAGUACACCAGAAACGAGCAAAACAUCAUCAUCCAAAGCCUGCUGACCUUCCACAGGACCACCUGCAUCCGCUUUGUCUGGAGGCGCACUCAGCAACAGUACCUCAGCUUCUUCUCUGGAUCAGGGUGUUGGUCCUACCUGGGCCGUCAGAGUCAAGGGCAGCAGAUCUCGCUGAGGAGGAACGGUUGUUUGUUCACGGACACGGUGCAGCACGAGGUGCUCCACGCUCUGGGCUUCCACCACGAGCAAGUCCGCUCCGACCGGGACAACUUCGUCUCCAUCCUGCAGGAAAACAUCCGUCCAGGAACAGAACGGAACUUUGAGAAGCAGCCGACCAACAACUUGGGAACUCCCUACGACUUUGAGUCCGUCAUGCACUACAGCAAAUACGCCUUCUCUCGCAACGGGGAGCCGACCAUCGUCUCCAAGGCCGACCCCGACAUGGAGUUCGGAAGCGCCAGCGCGAUGAGCAGAAACGACAUCGCUCGCGUCAACGCCCUUUACCAAUGCAAUGUUUAGGGUCGGCCUCCGGAGUCCUGAAGCAACGACUGAGUCAACGGUUCAUCACUUCCUGUUCCUGGUCUCAGAUUCUCUUCAGUUCUCAGUGUCUAAAAUAUAUUCUGAUUAACACAAGCUUAACUUUUCUGUUUAAAAAUGCAUCUGUUCCUUUAUAGUCUUAUAGUCGUGAAGUCAUGUGACCUUGGUGGAGUUACUUUAUAGCGUUAGCUUUCUACUUCCCACUUAGCAUUACCUGUUUCAUUUUAUCCUGCA